GUUCAGAGAAGAGAAGUACUUGCAAAACCAAGUCUCUUCUCUUGUCUCUUAGAGAAUAGUCGUCAUGACGUCAUCAGAGAAGGAAAAUUGGGUGGCUUUGGUGAUUCUGCUGCUAGGGUCUUGGACAUUAGCAAUGGCAGAGGUCACAUAUGAUGGGAGAUCCCUUAUCAUCGAUGGCCAGAGGAAAAUACUCUUCUCCGGUUCCAUUCACUAUCCUCGCAGCACUCCUCAGAUGUGGCCAGCGUUGAUAUCGAAAGCAAAAGAAGGAGGACUGGACGUGAUUCAGACAUAUGUGUUUUGGAAUCUACACGAGCCUCAAUUUGGACAGUAUGAUUUCAGCGGCAGAUAUGACUUGGUGAGAUUCAUAAAGGAAAUACAAGUUCAAGGAUUAUAUGUGUGCCUCAGGAUUGGACCUUAUAUCGAAAGUGAAUGGACAUACGGGGGAUUCCCAUUUUGGUUGCAUGAUGUUCCCGCCAUUGUAUACCGAACUGACAAUCAACCCUUCAAGCUCUACAUGCAAAACUUUACGACGAAAAUAGUGAGCAUGAUGCAGUCAGAGGGUUUAUAUGCUUCUCAAGGAGGCCCAAUUAUAUUGUCACAGAUUGAGAAUGAAUAUCAAAACGUGGAAAAAGCAUUUGGAGAAGACGGAUCGCGGUAUGUUCAGUGGGCUGCAGAAAUGGCAGUGGGCCUCAAGACUGGCGUACCGUGGCUUAUGUGCAAGCAAACUGACGCUCCUGAUCCACUGAUUAAUACAUGCAACGGGAUGAGAUGUGGAGAAACUUUUACAGGACCAAACUCCCCCAAUAAGCCUGCAUUUUGGACAGAGAAUUGGACUUCUUUCUAUCAAGUUUAUGGAGGUGAACCAUACAUAAGGUCUGCCGAAGACAUUGCAUUCCACGUCACUCUUUUUAUUGCAAGAAAAAAUGGAAGCUAUGUCAACUACUAUAUGUAUCAUGGUGGAACUAACUUGGGGAGAACGAGUUCUUCUUAUGUUAUAACAUCUUAUUAUGAUCAAGCUCCACUUGAUGAAUAUGGUCUGUUAAGGCAACCCAAGUGGGGACAUCUCAAGGAGUUGCAUGCAGCUAUCAAGUCUUGUUCUACCACUUUAUUGGAAGGAAAGCAGAGCAAUUUCUCUUUAGGUCAACUACAGGAGGGCUAUGUUUUUGAAGAAGAAGGAAAAUGUGUUGCUUUCCUUGUAAACAAUGAUCAUGUGAAAAUGUUCACCGUCCAAUUCCGCAACAGAUCAUACGAAUUGCCUUCAAAAUCAAUUAGCAUUUUACCAGAUUGUCAAAAUGUGACUUUCAAUACAGCAACUGUAAAUACAAAGAGCAACAGAAGAAUGACAAGUACAAUACAAACUUUCAGCUCAGCGGAUAAAUGGGAGCAAUUUCAGGAUGUCAUCCCUAACUUUGACCAGACUACAUUAAUAUCAAACUCAUUACUUGAGCAAAUGAACGUAACCAAAGACAAAUCAGAUUACCUUUGGUAUACUCUUAGGUUUGAACAUAAUUUAUCUUGCAGUGAAUCAAAACUCACUGCUCAGUCUGCCGCUCAUGUUACCCAUGCUUUUGCAGAUGGCACAUACCUAGGAGGAGCACAUGGGAGUCACGAUGUGAAGUCAUUCACCACACAGGUCCCCCUAAAGCUAAAUGAAGGGACAAAUAAUAUAUCUAUUCUAAGUGUUAUGGUUGGACUCCCGGAUGCAGGAGCAUUUCUUGAACGAAGAUUUGCUGGCUUAACUGCAGUGGAAAUUCAGUGCAGUGAAGAGUCCUACGAUUUGACCAAUUCUACAUGGGGAUAUCAGGUUGGAUUACUGGGAGAGCAAUUAGAAAUAUACGAAGAAAAAAGUAACAGUUCUAUUCAAUGGAGUCCACUAGGGAAUACUUGCAAUCAAACACUCACUUGGUAUAAGACGGCAUUUGAUUCACCCAAGGGUGAUGAGCCUGUUGCGUUGAACCUUGAGUCCAUGGGAAAAGGUCAAGCUUGGGUGAAUGGGGAAAGCAUUGGUCGUUAUUGGAUCUCGUUCCAUGAUUCCAAAGGCCAGCCUUCACAAACGCUGUAUCACGUGCCUCGGUCGUUCCUCAAAGACAUUGGAAACAGUUUGGUUUUGUUUGAGGAGGAAGGUGGGAAUCCUCUUCAUAUCUCCCUCGACACUAUUUCAUCUACAAAUAUUUCAUAGAUACGACAGUUUUGUCACCUAUAGAAUCUUUUAUUGCAUCCAUCAUACAUUCAUAGUAUUAUAGUAAAUCAAUUGAUACAAAGUGUAAUACUCUUCAAAGCUUGAACGGGAUACUCUUUGGAAUUUGUUGUAAUAACUUUUAAUAUUAAAGGAAUCAAAGAGUCAAAUAGAAGGGAUUGUGUGAUUUU